AUGGACAAAGUCAAGCUUCUUCGUCGAAAAGUCGCCGAGGCCGCCCUCGAACUCGAGAACCUCAAGCAAGAGCUUCAACAGGCCGAGGAAGAGGCGCAAGAAGCACAAGAUGCGCCAGCGCAGCACCCUUGGAAGUGGCCCCUGCAGCCCGAGGACUAUGAAAGAUACGGGCGCCAGUUGAUCAUCCCCAAUGUCGGGGUUCUAGGCCAGCUGAGGUUGAAGGAGUCCAGGAUUCUCAUCAUCGGGGCCGGGGGUCUUGGGUGCCCUGCGGCUGCCUACAUCGCCGGAGCGGGCGCCGGCACUGUCGGCCUCGUCGACGGUGACGUUGUCGAGGUCUCCAAUCUCCAUCGCCAGGUCGCGCACUCGACCGACAGAGUGGGCAUGCCCAAGGUUGAGAGCGCCAUCGCAUAUCUGAAGGGCCUCAACCCGCUCGUGACGUAUCGCGCGCACAAAGAACACCUGUCGCCUCUGAACGCUGAGGACAUCGUCUCGCAAUACGACAUCGUCCUCGACUGCACAGACCACCCGACGUCCCGCUACCUCAUCUCGGAUAUCUGCAUCCUCUUGCAGAAGCCCCUCGUCUCCGCGUCGGCCUUCCGGACGGACGGUCAGCUCAUCAUCCUGAACUCGCCCGCCGCGCCGCAGGGAAGCUUGGAGGGCGGGCCGUGCUACCGCUGCGUCUUCCCCAAGCCGCCCCCGCCGGACAGCGUAGUCAGCUGUGGCGAAGGAGGGAUCCUCGGCCCCGUUGUCGGCGUCAUGGGCGUGCUGCAAGCUCUCGAGGCUAUCAAGCUCGUCGCUGCAGGCGCUGUGGACCCCAAAGUCGAGAAGAAGGAAGCAGCAGCUCCGACUCUGCUCAUCUUCUCGGGGGCCGCACCGUCAGGGCCAUUCAGGUCCGUCCGGAUGCGCGGCCGGAGGAAGGACUGUUUCGCGUGCUCUGCGUCGUCGACGCUGUCUCUCGAGACGCUGCGGUCAGGUUCGCUCGAUUACAUCUCCUUCUGCGGAGUCAGUGCUCCGGUCAGUAUCCUGGGGCCCGACGAACGCAUUUCAGCAGCACAAUAUGAGCGCAUGGCCAAGGCCAACAAUGGCCGCCAUCUCCUGGUGGACGUGAGAGAACGCGAGAAUUUUGAUAUCUGUAACAUCGACGGAGCUGUCAAUAUCCCCAUCGCAAGAUUUAUGAAGGAGACGCAGCCGCCGAAGGAUGGCAUCCGGCCUCGGCCCGAGUGGUUGCCUGCUGAUUUGCCAGAGGAUGCGCCCAUAUAUCUCGUCUGCAGGGUUGGCAACGACUCCCAACUUGCGACAAAGCGGCUGAAGGAUUUGGCCCUGGACAACAACGGGAAGAGGUUCAUCGGCGACAUCGAGGGCGGUAUGAGAGCUUGGAAGCACGAAGUCGACCCUACCUUGCCCUUUACCUAA